AAUUGAAACUUGGAAAAUGAAAGGUGUAAAUUUAGAUAAAAAACUAAAAAUUUGUAAGGUGAGAGUACAACUAAAUUGGAAAUUAAGGUGGAGGGUUUUUAAGUUUCUUAAUAAUAUUUUUUGAGUUGAGUUGUAUUUAUAAAUGGUGGCCAUUGAUUUGGUGCAAUAAAACAGUUAAACAGAGAACGAAAAUGGAGAAAGAAUUGCUGGUGGGAGAAGCAAAGAGAAGCAUAAGAUGGAGAGUGUUGAACGAAGAAGUGAAGAAGAUGAGUUUGAUAGCAGCUCCAAUGGUGGCUGUUAAUUUAUCACACUACUUCUUGCAAGUUAUUGCGUUAAUGAUGGUCGGCCAUCUCGGCCAGCUCUCUCUUUCCAGCACCGCCAUUGCCAUCUCCUUCUCCGCUGUCACCGGCUUCAGUCUCGUUUUUGGUAUGUCAAGUGCACUGGAAACUCUAUGUGGACAAGCUUAUGGAGCUAAGCAAUACCGACAAUUCGGAAUUCGAAUUUACAGUGCAACGUUCGCACUCAAUCUUGUUUGUAUACCUCUUUCUAUACUGUGGAUGUAUAUGGGAAAAAUUCUUGUUUUAAUAGGACAAGACCCUGUAAUCUCACAAGAAGCUGCUAAGUUUGCAACAUGUCUUAUUCCUGCACUAUUUGGCUAUGCAACUCUUCAAGCAUUCGUUCGAUACUUUCAGAUGCAGAGUUUGACAUUUCCAUUGAUCGUAACUUCGUUGUUCACUGUUUGUUUCCAUAUACUUCUCUGCCGGUUUCUAGUGUUCAGUUCUGGAUUUGGUAACCUUGGUGCUGCUUUUUCCAUUGGUAUUUCGUAUUGGAUGAAUGUGAUUUUACUUGGAUUAUACAUGAUGUUCUCUUCUAGUUGUGAGAAAACUCGUGUCCCUGUGUCGAUGGAUUUGUUCAAAGGAAUUGGAGAGUUUGUUCGUCUUGCUAUCCCUUCUGCUGUAAUGAUUUGCCUGGAAUGGUGGUCAUUUGAGCUCCUUACAAUGCUAUCUGGGCUUUUGCCGAAUCCAAGGCUCGAGACUUCUGUUCUUUCAGUGUGUCUCGCAACCAUCACGACGCUCUAUACCAUUCCAGAUGGAGUAGGUGCAGCAGCAAGUACUAGAGUAUCAAAUGAAUUAGGAGCAGGAAAUGCAAGAGCAGCAAAUAUAGCAGUGUGGUGUGCCAUGUUUGUUACAAUAAUACAGUCAGUUAUAGUAAGCGCAAUCCUGUUAGCCGCAAGGCAUGUUUUCGGUUAUGUUUUCAGUUAUGAGAAAGAAGUUGUGGAAUAUGUCACAGCUAUGGCUCCUCUAAUAUCUCUAUCUGUCAUAUUGGACAGCUUACAAGGAACCCUUGCAGGCAUUGCAAGAGGAUGUGGGUGGCAGAACCUAGGGGCAUAUGUAAAUGUGGUGGCAUAUUACAUAUGCGGAAUUCCGAUAGCAGCAAUUUUAGGAUUUUGGUUAAAGUUAAAUGGAAGAGGUCUUUGGAUAGGAGUACAAGUUGGUUCAUUUGUGCAAAUUGUUUUGCUUGCAAUCAUAACAAGCUGUACUAAUUGGGAACAACAGGCGAAAAAGGCAAGGGAGAGGAUUUUUGAGGGAACAUCUCUAGUAGAAGAAGAGUGUUGAUCAUAGUGCCCUUUUCCAUUUAGUUUUAGCAUUGGAAAUGAGCAUAAGCAGAGCGUUGAUCAGGCAGAGUAGGGGCAUAGCGGGAGAUUCUUACUUAGACCUCGUCCAUGAAAGAUUCAUGGACUUAAACCAAUUAAUUGCUUGCAAAAUAAGAAGCGAGAGAAACAUAUUUUAACAUUUGAUUGGUUAGAUUCAUGCAUCGUUUGUGGACCAAAUCUGAAUAAGAAUUUCAUGGGGCAUGAGAUACCACCGAAAUAGAAAUACUAAAAAUUAUAGAAACAAAAAAGACAGUGAAUUUUUUUUAUUUUUUUUAAGAAUAAAUGGAAAUGAAACUCUAAAAUGAAGGAUUUGAAAAGUUCUCGCGUAGUAUAGAUGUUGAUUGACCAAAGAGUGUUUAUCCCGCACAACGGAUGUGCCACGUAAUUUUUACAAGUCAAUAAUUAUUUGCGA